AUGGAUUCCUCCAAUAAAAACCUUGUGUUACGAAUUCUGUUAACAAUUUCUCUUGUAUUAGUCUCUGAAGCAGCUCAUGAAAGCCGGGGGAUUCCAUCGGAAGAAGAGAAGAAAGAAAUGGAGAGGCAACUCAAAGCUAUCAACAAACCUGCUAUCAAAAGUUUCAAAACUGAACAAGUUGAAAUAUUCGAUUGUAUAGACAUUCACAAGCAACUAGCCUUUGAUCACCAUCUGCUAAGAAACCACUCUGUUAAGCUAAAGCCAACAAGUGUACCUAAAUGGCCGAUCACAUACGACAACAAAGGACAAAAAGUUGGUCCUAUGCAGCUUCAGCUAAAGGGAAUAAGUUGUCCACAUGGGACAGUAAUUGUUAAAAGGACUACAAUCCAAGAUCUUAUAAACUCGCAACAUUUGAAAUCCAUUGGUUUCAAUAUCCCUAGACAUGUCCUUAGCCAGGGAAGUAACAUUGAUUUAAGUGGACAUCAUUUUGCAACAGCCGACUAUGACUAUGACAACGUUGCUGGAGUAACAGGAAACAUUAACCUCUGGGAUCCACAAGUGUCACAUGAUCAAGUUAGUCUUGCAACCAUGGCGAUUGCAGGCGGUCCUAAAAUAGAACAGCUCGCCAGCAUUUCAGUUGGAUGGAUGGUGAAUCCGUUGUUAUACCAAGAUCACAUUCACUUAUACACUUACUGGACUGCAGAUGGAUAUAAUAAGACAGGCUGCUACGACAUAAGAUGUCCUGGAUUCGUGCAAGUCAGCAAGAGGAUACCACUUGGUGUCCUUCUUCAACCAAUUUCUGUUUAUAAUGGCACACAAAAAGAAAUGGACUUAAGCUUGCAUCAGGUAGUUACCUCCAGAGUCUCUGGUGUGAAUGUUGGGUAUUGGCCACAGUCAUUGUUCAUAGCGUCAGGCUUAGUGAAAGGAGCAGAUCUUGCAUCUUGGGGAGGUCAAGUGUACAGUCCAAAGACAGAAAAGAGUCCAAUCAUGGGCAGUGGGCAUUUUCCUAAGGAAGGUUUCGGAAAAGCAGCCUUUGUAAACAAUAUACAUAUCAUGAAUGGUAAGGGAGAAGCUUUGAUUCCACAAAUCUACACUAUAGAGACACAUGAGAGCAGUCCAAAUUGUUAUAAAGCCAAGUUUGUUCAUGAUGAAGAUGAACCUUGGAUAAGAGCUGUUUACUUUGGAGGUCCUGGAGGAUGCUAA